ACUAUAAUUGUGCUGAAUUUUAUAUAAUGCUACUAAAGUGAUGUUAAGUGCGAAGUUUACUGGUAAAGAGAUAUGACGGAUUUGGAAUAAUAACAAUUGCGCUCUGUAAAAACACAUGGGUGCAAGAUGACAAGAAAAUUCCUCUUCUGUUUCCCCCUAAGGGUGGGAAACAUGGUCUUCGGUUAUUUCAUAUUAGUAAUAACAAUAGCAGUAAUGGCUUACAAUUUAUACCAGCUUGGCCUUAGCAUCAAUUCGCCUGAGAAAGUAGAUUCCAGCAAAUUUAAGAACUGGGAGAAAUUAGAGGACUUAUUCGGAGAGAAAAAAGAAACGUUGGUAGCAGUAGUCGCUAUGGUGUAUUACGCAUCGUAUAUAGUCAUUGCUUUUCUGAUGUUUAUCUUCUCUGCAAUGUUUACGUGUGGAGCUUAUUCGGUGAACAACUGCCUGGUGUCGUCAUUCUUCCUGUACAGCUUCUUCCAUUUAUUCCUCACGAUAUUCCUGAUCGUGUGGGAGGCCACCUCCGGCGGCUGGGUACAGCUCGGCCUUGUUGCUGGAUCAGAUUUGAUCCUGAUUAUAUGCCUCUUCAGCGUCAAGUAUCUGAUGGAAGCAAUCCGAACGGGCAACAUUUACAGCAGACCGGGAGAAGUGUAUUAUAAGUAUUAAGUAAGAAGUUUUAAAUUUAUGAAUGUUGAUGAUGAUAAA